GGUGUCGGUUGCUGCACUGUGAUGGGGUGCUGACGUUGAAAGCCUACUGGUGCCUGGAUGUGCUGUGACGGCAAUAAGGUGUUCCCUUCGGAUGACCAACAGUGUCAUGCUGAUGAUGCUAGCCUCUCUGUAGGAAGGGGGCGUUAUGGAAGGUGAACUCUAACAUAGCAUACCCUUCUUCUCCACGGUAUACUGGUGCCGGUGAUAUGGGUUUAUAUUCAGGUUUGAGGAAAGCAAGCUAAUACCUCAAACUUGUGAAUGUACCCUAUAUAAUUCGCUUCAAGCAGAUGUCUGUUGGGUUCUGCGGGCAUGCACCAUUCCUUCUUUUUCAGGCACCUCAAGGAGAAUUAACCUUCGGCAACCGACCGCCAGCUGUAUGCAUAGCUGUAUGAAACAUAACUUACCCUCCUUACCUUUGUUUCUGUCAUUGUCUUCACUCCUUAACACCAAUAUAUAACCUCUAACAUCUUGGACAACCUCUCACUUUGUGACCAUUCCUAGUAAUCCAAAUUAGUGAAACCUCAUUUGUAGUCUCCUAAGACCGCACCAUCGAUUUCAUGUAGGAGCUUUCAUCGUCCUAAUUCCAUGCCAAAACGGACAUCAAGCAUCACUUGUCGCAAAACUGCGGCCAUGGAUGUAUAAUAUGUUUUUAAGACACAUAUAUAGAACCAGAGCGUAGUUAUCCAUUUGACCUCGGCUGACCAUCGCAGUGAAUCUUCAAAAUUUACUUUAUUAGUGUCCGAAGACUGUACGACUAUCUCUCAUCUACUUACUGAACACAUAUACACAUGAAAUCAACGUAGAACCCCGCACAUAAGUGCAGGUUGCCACUCUUCACAGUAGAAUACAAAGAACAUGUGGAUAGGAAGGCCCGACAUCAAAGUAAACAAAGGUGCGUUGGAGGAGAACAAAAUUAAAAAUUAAUUUCAGUGAAAAUACUCACGCUUUGCGAGACGUCAAAAAGUGAAUACAUCUGCGCCAUUGUGACCCGAUUUCAGCUAUUCCACUAAUUGUCGUCAGCUACUGAUUCUUAUUGUCCGACGAACUUCAGCCAGGUAGUCUACGUCUCCUUAUACGGCUCAGACCAACAGUCAGGAACUUCACGGACUGAUGCUACAUCUUGGUCUGACCACUCUGAACUCUCUUCCUACCCAGUUCAACUUGCCUUAGCAUGACACGUGGAGAUGAGUAGUGGCUGGACAUGCGGGGCUCAUGUCCAAGCCACCUCAGUCCAAUGAAGGUUCACAACCUUAUCAUUAGAGUUAAUAUGCCACUAGACCCAUAGUUAACUUCAGAAAAUACCCCAACAAUAUGAUCUACCGAAGUACUUAACGUUGAUACUAUGCCCUAUUAGGAAUCGUUCAAACUCCAGACUAGUCUAUUCCUACGACUUAAAACUAAGACUUAAUGACCUACUUACAGAAAAGGAUGGAAAAAUGGUUAGUUUCAAUGUAAAAAGUCCUUAUACUAAAAUACCAAUGAAUUCGUCUGCGUAAGUUCGAGUAGAGAGCUUUGAUGAGCUCUAUAUAAUCAAUUGGUACUCCUCUGACACAGUUAGACAUUGCCGCAACAUCUCAUAGUCGAAAGAGUCAAAAACCGCCUUCAGGUUAAGGAAUAAGGCGACUGUCGUUCGCCGGUAACUAUCCCUGUGCUUCAGAAUCUCUCCCAGAAGGCGGGGUUGGGGGUUGAUUGAUGCACUCUUGUUUUGGUCUGAAACCUUCCUGCUUUUCUCGAGUUCCAGUUAGGCAUUAGAUAACUAUGGAUCGAAGGUUCUUGGACGCAGUGUUAGUCAAACUAGUCAACCUAGUUCUGACAGCUGUCACAAAAUGAUUUUUCUGUUUUCCUAUAGACUAGGAUGAUCGGCGAUGUACACCAGUCUGACAUCACUACCUCUGAUUUCCGUACACUACCUAGUUACCCCUCCUACCUACCAUACCGCCAGCAACGGAAGACUGUGGAGCAAAGAGGAGUGUGCUAACUUUGGGAUUACCUUUUCGAAAAGCCGCUUCCCGUAAGGAAGGUAGCAUCAGCAUGGCACUACUGAUCAUCUAAGAGAGACACCUUACUGCUGUCACACCCCAUCCAGCUAGCAGCAGUACGACUUCCCCCUCAGACCCCCAUCAUAGUGUAGUAAUUCACGUCACAACGAUAUCUACUUUUCAUCUUAUUGCUAUUCAUAAACCGCUGCGGCAUAUUGGGACUUCGAGGGAACAAUUGUUCUACCAGCAUAACACGUUGAGUCAUUGCGAUAUACGACUGCGACCACCAAAUCAAAGUGGAAGGUAUCGGUUGGGUCGUCGCAUUGGUUUAGUGUGUAGAAGAGAAAACUUACUUCUUGACUAGAUAUCACUGCCUACUACAGGAAGCCGUAUGACAAAUGGCACAAUGUGUAGGGUAAUAGGGCGUUGACGACUGACAGGAUGAAGUUAAUUGACAUUGAGUGCCACGGUGAGCGAUCUUAAACUGUCCCACUUAUUGUCCCCAACUGUUGAUUUAAUUUUUCUUACAAGUUUCUCUUCAGUAGCCAACAGUUAGUUGUUCCCAUGAAUUUGGUAACCAAAGGUGUUAGCCUUUGCGGAUAAUGUUUGUGUAAUUAGUAUGCGCUCUUUCAACUCACACCUAGAAUAUUAUAUUUAUAUUUAUCCUUCACCAACCCAGUUAUUCUUGAUACUCGUGAUGUAAUUUCAUGGACAUAUGUUCAGGUGUUGGUGAAAACUUAAUAGACGAAAUCACAUUUCUUACUUCCUAAGUCAGGAUGGGUUAAAAAAGUUUUUUCUUCAUUUGAUAAACUUAAUGUCACUCUAUAAGAAGCUUUUAAAACGCUUCACUGCGGGUAUUUAUCCUCUACGUUCGCCAACUUAAGUGCUUUGGGCAGAUAAUGUUUAAGAGUUCUUCGUGUUCUUUCAUCAUCGUCUUCAUAGUAUUCAUUAGAAGCAGCAUGUAAAUCUGGAUGUACUGAUUGUUAUUUACUAGGAUAAUGUAUUUUUCCAAUACCGUUUUCAAUGAUUUUGGCCCUUUCUGCACACCAAUGGGUUACCUAGGAAUAACAUAUGGCCGUAAAGUUCUAAGUGAUCAACAUUGGCAUAUGUCUGUCGAUCAGUUUUGCUAACCUAGCUGAUGCGGUACAACAUUAUGAUACAGUGGUGUUGGCAGCUAAUCGAUAAGAUAUGCUCGACGUUAUGACAGCAGAUACAUCCUGUUGAUGAGUGCGACGAAGCACCAAACAUAUUAUACAAGACUUUUACUUGUUGAAAUUAGUAUAUUUCCUACAGAAUAUUAUCUAAUAGUACUAUGACUUCGGAGAGGUGUUAGGUCAUGACAUGGUUCUACAAGUAAAUUUUUCUAUGCUUACAUAUGCUGUUAUCUUGGUGUAACCUAAUUAACAUCUUACGAAUAACACACCUUAUACGCUGGAAAUGUCAUCGAAGUCAUCGGUAAUCUGGUGGACGUCCACGUUCAUUGUUCCAGUAUACCUUUGGAUCUUAAAACUUUUAUACAGGAAAUUAAGUAUUUUCAGAUGUGUUUUCAACUGGAAAUGUUCCUUCGUGAACCGAGGAUAAUGUAUGUAUGUGUGCGUGCUGAAUAAUUCAUUUUUAGGAACAUCAAGUCAUUUUUAUGAGUUUUUGUAAUUAGUUGAUAGUCAACAUCGUACUGUAUUAUGCCAGAUAAAUAGCAUAAAUUCCAUUCAAUGUAGAAUGCAGUUUAUGAUUCAUUGCGAUUUAUGAGUAACUAUAUGUUUAUUGUAUUGACUUAAACACGAAAUUAACUCAAUGUUUAUUUGUAAGCAUUUUCCUUACUCGUAUUAAACUGAUAUAUUCUCCAUUGAAGUUACUUGUGAUACUAAUAUAGUUUCCGUUGUUUCCCCCCUCAUUUUACUAUGUUUGUUUGUGUGUUUGAUAUAGAUGGAUGUAGAUACACUAUUGAGUGGAAUUAAACCACCUACAGCAGAUCGUUGCAUUGAUUCCUCUUGUCUUCAUUGGACUCCAACCAUUUGUACAGUUCAACAGAGUAAAUCUCCUAGUACAACUAGUGGUACCAGUCAAAAAACCCUCAAAAUUAGUUUGACUUCACCCAGUGAUUCAAUUGGAAAUGUGUAAAAUACUUUAUUUAAUUUGAGCAUUUCAAAAAUUAUGUAUAGUUUUGCAGAUUUUUGUGUUUUUUUCUCUAAUUAUCUUGUUCAUUUUUUUGUGUCCAGAUGAGAAUAAGUUUCUACUAUUGUAAUGCAUUUCAUGAAAAGUAAACAAAAAAAUAUGCAUGU